GUAUUUCGUCUGUAUGUGUCUUCAAUUAGACUGUAAGCUUCUUCGAGUUGGAUCUCUGUCUUGAUUUCUUUUGAAUCCUCCAGAGGGCCUAAAGUUAAUGUUGGGAGUAUACCGGGUUCAACAAAUACUGGUUGGGUCUCUAAACUUAGUUUAGCCGUUUCUGCCAAAGUGUAUAACCACUUAGUUUCGGUUGUGCCCUCACAUGUCUAUUUGUCUGAGGUUUCUUUGCGCUCAUUGACAUUGUUUGUUUUCUAUUAGAACAAAGAGUUUGUUAGAUAGAGAUGCUAACGCAGCACCCUUGUAAUCUGAAUAAACAGAAUUUGAUCCACCUCCCAGGCUGUUGGGCCAGUGAACGAAAACUAAACCUCUGAUACUCCCUGGCCAGUUUAGAGACACAUAUUCUAAAAUAACACUCCAAAGCCUAGUUAUCGGCCAGUUACCCUGGGCUCCGGAGCUGCCAGUGUUCACAGAUGUUGGUUGACAAGGCAGCGAGGAUCUGCGGUCCGGAAGCCCAGUCGCUAUGGUAACGGUGAGACGCAAGUGCACUUGCGCGGCCUUCUGACGAAAAACCUCAGCCUGAACCUAGAGAAGUGCUUCGCGACGGCAGCGAUUUGCGGCAGCGGCGUGACUUACGGCCGCUCCCCCGUAGAGCGCGGUUGCGAGCGGUAAUGCGAAGGCCGCCGCAGGCUCGCAGGCGGCCAGGACUGGAGAUGUUCCAGCAUGACCCAGUCAGUGGUCGUACAGAUCGGCCAGUGCGGAAACCAGAUAGGCUGCUGCUUCUGGGACCUGGCGCUGAGGGAGCACGCCGCAGUGAACCAGAAAGGAAUUUAUGAUGAGGCAAUAAGCAGCUUUUUUAGAAAUGUGGAUACCAGAGUGGCUGGUGAUGGUGGCAGUAUUUCCAAGGGAAAAAUAUCCUCUUUAAAAGCACGAGCUGUCUUGAUUGAUAUGGAAGAAGGGGUAGUGAAUGAAAUUCUGCAAGGACCAUUGAGAGAUGUAUUUGAUACCAAGCAGCUCAUCACUGAUAUUUCUGGCUCAGGAAAUAAUUGGGCUGUGGGUCACAAGGUUUUUGGCAGUCUUUACCAAGAACAGAUUUUAGAGAAACUGAGAAAAUCAGCAGAGCACUGUGAUUGCUUGCAGUGUUUCUUUAUAAUACAUUCCAUGGGAGGAGGAACAGGAUCUGGACUUGGCACAUUUCUUUUAAAGGUGCUUGAAGAUGAAUUCCCAGAAGUGUACAGAUUUGUAACUUCAAUUUAUCCUUCCAGUGAGGAUGAUGUCAUAACCUCACCUUAUAAUAGCAUCUUGGCAAUGAAGGAACUUAAUGAGCAUGCAGACUGUGUGUUGCCCAUUGACAAUCAAUCUUUAUUUGACAUCAUUAGCAAAAUUGACCUUGUGGUGAAUUCUGGAAAGUUGGAUACAACUGUGAAGCCAAAGAGUCUGGUUACUUCAAGUGCUGGGGCUUUAAAAAAGCAGCAUAAGAAGCCCUUUGAUGCAAUGAACAACAUUGUGGCAAAUUUGCUGCUCAACCUAACAAGCUCUGCGAGAUUUGAAGGAUCCCUUAAUAUGGACCUUAAUGAAAUCAGCAUGAAUUUAGUUCCUUUUCCUCAACUUCAUUAUCUUGUGUCAAGCCUAACUCCUCUGUAUACACUGGCAGAUGUUAAUAUUCCUCCUCGAAGAUUGGAUCAGAUGUUUUCAGAUGCGUUUAGUAAAGAUCACCAGCUAAUUCGGGCAGACCCCAAACACAGUCUUUACCUCGCCUGUGCUCUCAUGGUUAGAGGAAACGUACAGAUUUCAGAUCUUCGCAGAAAUAUUGAAAGGUUAAAACCCUCUCUACGGUUUGUCUCCUGGAAUCAAGAAGGCUGGAAGACCAGCCUGUGUUCAGUACCUCCUGUGGGUCAUUCUCAUUCAUUAUUAGCUUUAGCAAAUAACACCUGUGUGAAGCCUACCUUCGUGGAACUGAGAGAGAGGUUCAUGAGGCUCUACAAGAAAAAGGCUCACCUUCAUCACUACCUACAAGUUGAAGGGAUGGAAGAAAGCUGUUUCACAGGAGCUGUGUCAUCCUUGUCGGCACUCAUACAGGAGUAUAACCAACUGGAUGCCACGAAAAGCAUGCCUGUGGCAGAUAUGCCUAGAUUAAGCAUAGCUAUGUAAAAAAGAAACACAAAAAACAUAACGUUUACUUUUUCUUAAUUUCACAUUAUUUUUUGUCACCCUUCUGUUUCAGCAUUUUUGUGAUUCAGAAAGCCAGAUUUGUGUUUCAUAUUAGCAGGAAGUAUUAUCUAAAAGAGUGGUUUCUGUUUAAUCACAAUUUGUUGAUGAUACCAGUGUAUGAAAUUAGUGAAGUCUUAGUACCUUAAUAUCAAGCAUUUGUCUUCAGAAAAUUAAUAUUUUGCUUUAUUUAUAGCCUAAUAUUUAAGCAUAUAUAGACACUGAUAAUCAUGUUUUCAAUAAAAAUCUUGUACAGAUAUAUUCUCGUAUUUAUUUAUAAUUUAUAUUUUGAUAUUCUGUUUAAAUUCUCCUGAUUCUUUAAAAGUAGGUACUGAGUAGAACACAAUAUGAAUAUCUCCAUGUGAUAUCUGCUAACUUUUCCAGGAUAGGUUUUAUUACAGCUGUUAAAGAGGUUUUGUUUCUUCUUUAGGUAACAACUUAUUUAUACUCAAAAGAAUCUAUAUUAAAUAAUUGUUUUGAUAAAGCAAUUAUUUAAAAAUAUUUAUAACAAUAAAUGUCCAUACUUUUAAACAGU